UACCUACAGCAGCGGUUCUUCGGACCAGGAUUCACCGCAGGUCGACAGCGGCUCAACGGACCAGGACUCCCCGCAGGUCUGCAGCGGCUCUCCACCCGGACUCCACAGGUCGGCAGCGGCUUUCCACACUCACAGCUAACAUGUUCGACCUGCUCAGCACCCAGUACGAUUCCUUCCUGUUCUGGAGGACCCCAAUCCCUGUGGUCGACCUGGCCGAGAUCGAGAUUCUGGUGCCGAACAUUACGAAAUCCAACUCUGGAGGUCAGAAUGCUGAGUCCAGAUCCCUCACGCCUCGGGACGUGUCUGAAGACGAGGAAGAUACUUUGGCUGAGUACAACUCCUUCAACUUCUGGAGAGCCCCCAUCGCCAGCUUCAGUGGAAUAGACCUGGAACUGCUUUAAGGUCUCUGCCAACGGGUUGCUUACCUGGUAGUGCUUUAUAAAUGUUCUUGUACUAAUACAGCCAAUUACUUCAGCUGCUCCAUCUUAUGUUAUACUGAUUCGUUGGUCAACACCGUUUCGGAUCAAAACCAAGGUAAAUUGUUAAAUGUAACAACCCCUUCCCCACAUUGCAUUGCAGAUUAGCAGUAACUUUGAGGUUCCUAAUCAGAGGAUGCUACGCAGUAACAGGUUCAGCAGCCGCCCAAAUUAUCCCGUUUUCCGCAAUUACCAAAUUGCCUUCGAAUGUUUAACAAUUUUGUUUUUGAAAGUCAGUACUGAAACUGCUCCCAGUGCCCAAUUUUUCGCUUGAGUACUUGCCUAGCCUUGCCUCUGCUGUUAACGAUCGUAGAGGGUGGAUAGCCGCAUCCCUCGGAUGAUUGGCAGCUGAACUCAGUUUCUCAGUGGUUCACGUUACCUUUGGAUCCCAAAGCCGAGCCGAGAUCCAUGUCUCUAUUCUCCCGUCCCCCAACGACAGCUGUGUAGGUGCUUUAUUGCACCACUUGGCUACGAUUUUAAGGAUUUCCUUUUAAUGUUGUAAUUUCGUUUUAUAUUUUGUCUCUCGUCUGCUCGUUGUCCGACUGAAUGUGAGACGAGAGAAUGCAAAUGCUGAAAUCUGACAGCAAACUGCUGGAGAAAAUUAGCGGGUCAGGCAGCUUCAGUGGAGAAAAAUGAAGAGUGGACAUUUCAGCUCGACAUCCUUCAUCCACUUGCCUUCACAGUUGCUAACCGACCCGCUGAGUUCCACCAGCGUUUUGUUUUUUUCUCUCUCUCUUCUUUAUUCACGCAGUGCAAACUAUUUUAAUUGAGAUGGGGCGGACAGGUGCGCGGGAGUAGAGAAGGUGAUGAUUGCACACGAGAACCACUAGAAAGCCUCCCCGAGGCCGUUUGUGGACUGACUGGCGGUAGCCCCGAGCAACCACCGGCCCCGCCCUGUCGCAGUGGCCACGGGGGACCCGACUACAGAGAUCUGGGAUGUCUAAAACAAAGGAGGUUACCGCGAUGCAGACCCCGUUGUCCUGCCAACCAGCCUGAUUGACAUUCUCUCCUGUUGUGGCUUAAUUAUUUGCAUUGUCUUUAUCUGCUGUUGAUUUUUGACAGGCAUCUGUUGUCGGGGCCAUCGCUGCUGAGGCUGGGGGCUAUUCUGUAGUCUGGUUUGCAGAUCUGGGGACCUGCCACAUGGAGAAACGUGGGAGGGGGGCUGAAUUCUGUAUCUUGUACCUCCUUGGGCAAGACAGAAAUAUUAAAGUUUGCAUCAUCGGUGUUCUGGAGGAUUCUCCCUGCUCGAAAUAAGCCGCCGCAAUUGUCGCCUUACCUCGCUCAGCUUUAUCCACUGAUCCACCCAGAACCAAAGAUGAAAUGUGAAUUUGAAAACCGUUAAACAAGGUGCCGUGCCUCUUACCAAUGUAUCGAUUAGCAAAUGCGAGUUGAGGUCGGUGCGUUUUUUAAAAUGUGUGUAGUUCAAAUGAAUUAUUUAUUUAACUUAUUUAUAUUUAUUUGUAAAUAUUUAAAGCGUAUGUGAACGAUUUACAUCAAGGCCCCGCCGGUAAGUCUGGGGGUGAAAUGAGCAGAGGGGGUAACCUCGGUGACAGGCACCCCUUCCUUGUCUUUCGUGGGUCUCGAGUGGAUGAAGAGCCAGAGAGGCAGGAACCCCAGAGUUUCUGUAGCAUCAAUUAAUUUCAUUGAAGGUGUGGGAGCUUUCCUGGUUCUUUGUAAAGCAAGGAUUCCCCCCUCAGUGUUAGAGUGAGACUAAGAUAUCAGCCGCCGCAGUGUACCAAUGAAACUUAGUGUAGCAAAUGGCUACACCCUGCUUCUUGUCCCUGUAGUGUCCGAGCCCUGAGGGUGAGAACCCAAGCCGAUACUGACUUCAACAAGCGACAAACUCUCAGCGGGUUGGACAUCUGUGAGAGGAACGGAUCUGUCAAGAGUUCCAGUCGAUAUUUUGGAUCAGGAUUAUUUGUUUGCUCCCAAACUUUUUCCAGUAGAUUGUGUGUUGCCCCACCAGGUCUCCCUUCAGCUGGGCAUGUAAUCUCGGUCAGUGAGGUGGAGAAGUAGAUGGGUGAAGAUUGGCCUAUCCUUUUGGGUUUGGGGAGAAUAAGCAAUAAAGGCUUUAUGGUUGGUCAGAGGUUGGAACUUUCUACUACAUAAUUUUGGAAGCUCAUUACCCUGUUUAUUUAAGAAAGUAAAAAUUGAAAAAUACAGUACAAAUGCUGAAAAUUUAACAAAUUUAAUUAUGCAAAUUCUCAGUGGGUCAGAUCACAGCUGUGGAGCAUUAACUGGUUCUCUCUCACAGAUGCAAUCUGACCAGUUGAGUGUUUUCAGUACCUCCUGGGUUUUAGAUUCAAGACAGAUUGAUAUAUAUUUGAUCGAAGGAACCAAUGGAUACAGCACCAUAUAAAAAUAUUCAGCUCCCAACCCUUGGUUCAUAUAAAUAAGUAUUACAACCAGUGAUUUUUCUUUUACUUAUGAAUCACGUGCUUUCCCCCCCUCACAGUAGACCCCAAAAAAUGGAAAAUCAUUAAAGCAUGAGAAACUCAAAAACUGAAAUCUGAGCAGUUUAUAUUUAUAUCGCAUAUGCUCAUAUUUACUUGAACCACUCUCACAGCUAUUACAACCUGUAGUCCUCCUUGCAUGUCUAUUGGCUUUACACAUGAUGGAAGAAGAUUUGCCCAUUCCUCCUUGCAAAAUUGCUCACUACUACAUUAGUUGGAGAGCAAUCUUGAGGUCUUGCUAUAGAUGUUUAAUUGGGUUAAGGUCAGGACUCUGCCUGAGCCACUCAAGGAUGUUAAUUUUCUUCAUUCAAAGUUGUUCCAUUGUUGCUCUAGCAGUGUGCUUUGGGCUGCUGUCCUGCUAAAAGACAGCUUUGUCACCUGUUUAAGCUUUCUGGCAGAGACUAGGAUCUCUACAUUUAGCAGCAUUCAUCCUCCCAUCAAUCCUGAUCAGAUGUCCAGUCCCUGCUGCUGAAAAGCAUCCCAUAGCAUAAUGCUACAUACACCAUACUUUGCAGUAGGGAUGGUGAUAUCUGGCUGAUGCACAGUAUUAAUUUACAACACACAUUCAGCUUAGUGUUGAGCCCAAAAUGUCCACUUUAGUCUCAUCCGACCACAAGACUUUCUUCCACAUUUUUACAGCAUCCUCUAAAAUGAUGCUUUGCAAAAUCUUUACAGGCAAGGAUAUGCUGUUUUCUAAAAUGGCCCUGGCCAUUUGCCACUCUUCCAUAAAUACUUUUUGUGCAAGGCCUUAGUGAUUGUGGAGCCAUGAACUUCAUCUCCAGUUUCAGCCAUUGACUUAAGCAGUUCACUCUAUGACUGUUGGUGUAACCAUAGCUUUUCUUACAAGUGCUACUCUUCUCUUAUGACUUAAGUUUAGAGAGAUGGCCUGACCUAGGCAGUGUGGCUGUAGUUUUAUAUUUUUCCGCUUUUCACGAUGGAUUUUACGUCAAAUGUUCAGCACCUUUGAGAUGGCCUUGUACUCUUCCACAGAUUUGUGCUUCUCUUAUUAUCAUUUCCAUGACUUGCCUUAAAUGCACUUUUGUCUUCAUUUUGGUUUGGGCUGCUGAAAAUCUACCAUUUGCCCUUUCAGAGAGAGGGUAUUUAUUCAGGUGAUCUCUUAAUUUUCUACAUCAAAUGGAAUGAGUUGGUAAGAUAAUAUACAGUAUUGCAACUUAGGGAAGUUAAUUUAUUAAUUACAAAGGGGGUGAAAACUUUUUCAGCCUCAAUUUUAGAAAAUUGUUGAUUAGCUCAAAACCAAUUCAAUAUAUUUUAAAUGUGGAAAAUGAGACAGUCAGAUUGAAAGGCGGAGGAGGGCCAAGGCCAUGUGACCCAUUCAUUUCUGCUUGUGGAUUAGUCCACCUCCUUCUCUCACCCAACUCUGAUUUUCUGUAAUGACUCAUCCUUUGGUUACAUAAGGUUAGGAUAUAUUCUGGAUUCCUGCUUCCUCAUCAACUCCAACCCAUGUACAAUCAAUAUAGAUAUCAGGAAGCUAACCCUGGUACUGCAUUAUAUAUGGGUUCUGUUGCUCCAACACCCUACCCUUUUUAAAUCAGGGCAGAUGGUCAUGGCAGGUAGUGUCCUCUCUCCUAGAAAGAACACUAGUUAACUACCAGUUACAAGUACACUUUUAUAAAGGGUGUAGCUACUUCCAUGGGCAUCUGCCCAAUACUGAAGGGGAAAUCUUGCCAUACAAAGAACCACAUGAGCUCUCCCACUAUUGAAAUUAACCAAUGGUAGAGAUGGAUAUUUCAUUGCAAGGUGGGCUGUGACUUGGCAAUGGAUUCAAGAUGGGACCUAUUUUGGCACGAGUCCAGCAGUAAGAAGCAUACAAACAGAAGGGAAAAACUGUUGAGACUUUGGGUCUGCUCCAACAUUGAAAUGACCUUCAGUACUUUCCUACCUGCUCCUCAUAACUUUGUUUAUCAAAAUUGUUCUUGAACGGACUCACUCAGCAGUCCUCUACCCAUAGCCAAAUGUCCUCAGCCCAUUGGGGUGUGAGGAGCACUUCUCUUCUCCCAUAUCAAGUGCUACUCAAUUUAUUUGAUUUCUGACUGUAACAAUCCCAAGAAAGCAGUAAUUAAAAGAUUGUCAUGUCAUAUUGCUCUCUGUAGAUGCUUCCUGUAAAUGUCACAGAACAAUAAAUUGAAUUUAGGAAACAAAAAAAUGGUGCAAGUUUGGUG